GUGAUUGGUCAGAUGCUUCAGAGGCGGGCUCCGAGCGCAGCGCGGGGUUGCCGGCCGGCGCAGCUGAAAUUCGCUCGGCGGCAUGUCCGGCGACUGUGGGGACACGCGUGGCGACGCGAGGAGAAAGGACUGUACAGCUGCUGCCGGCUCGUUCAGGUUCAGCCCAGAGCCCACACUCGAGGACAUCCGACGCCUCCAUGCAGAAUUUGCUGCCGAACGGGACUGGGAACAAUUCCACCAGCCACGGAAUCUCCUUCUGGCCUUGGUGGGGGAAGUGGGAGAGCUGGCAGAACUCUUUCAGUGGAAGUCUGAUGCAGAGCCCGGCCCCCAAGCAUGGCCCCCGAAGGAACGGGCAGCCCUUCAAGAGGAGCUUAGUGAUGUACUCAUCUACUUGGUGGCAUUAGCAGCCCGCUGCCAUGUGGAUCUGCCCCAAGCAGUGCUCUCCAAAAUGGACACCAACCGGCAGCAUUACCCCAUCCAUCUGUCCCGUGGCUCUGCUCGAAAGUACACAGAAUUGCCCUGGGGAACCAUCUCUGAAGAACAGGCUUCAGGGCCUGCAGACCUUGCCUGUGAAGCCACCAGCCAGGGCUCAACCCAGAACAUGGGACUACCACCUGCAGCUCCGCGUGGCAGCUGAAGACCAGAGGGCAGCUCUGCUGUGGAACUUGUUCUAGUCCUUUUCUAAUUGGUCAUGGGCCUGCGGGCCCCACUUCCUGAUGACGGAGGCCUGAGAGCCUCCAGAAGAUAGUUUUUCCCCCAAUAAAACAGUUACAGACAGCAA